UUAAAUUCGCCCGAAUAUCUGUCUAAUGAUCAUUUUACUUUGAAACUUUGACGGAGAAGGUUUUUACAGUUUCACUCUAAUUUACUGUAGUAAUGGUAGUGCCAGUGGAAAGAAUAUCGAGCCCACAUAAAAUUAAAAAAUACGUGGGAAACGAUUUGAAUUUAAGUAUUUUAAAUAAUAAAAGAAUGAUAAUAGUUGCUGGUAAUAACUGUAAAAUAAAACUAAGUGAAAAUAGUGGACUUAUAAAAGUGGUCGGUGAUUAUUGUGAUAUAACAGUAUUAAAAGGAAGUGGCACUAUUGAAUACAUUGGAAAUUAUGGAAAAAUUAAAUUGGGUCAAGAUAUAUCAGAAGAUAUUGUUACUUAUAUUGGAAACGAGGGAGAAAUCUCUACUAAUAAAUCUUCACUAGAUGAAAGCAAAACAAAAAACAAGACCUCUACAAAUGCACUACAAAGUGAGAGCAAAAUAAAUUCAAGAAAGAACCGUAUUGACAUUUGUAAUGUUUCUAAAAUAAGAUGUAGUACACAUCUUCUACCGAACACUAUUCAAAUCGCCAUCCCCAGCAUUCGGAUCAGCAAAAACAUUAAAAUAGAACAUGAAAACAGAUAGUGUUAAUGUGCACUAUCUGUGAUGACAAAUAUUUUAAUAUAUUAAUAUAUUAAUGAUCAGUAUUAAGCUUUCGCACAAUACUUAUAGUUCCUAAUUGUAUUUGUAGGUAUUUAUAACAGACGUAGUUAUUAGUUUCAUGUCAGUCAAACUAGUGUUCAUAGAAAUUUUAAAUUAUAUCCAUUAACAAAUUCUUGCCAAAAAUAGUACUAGCUAUUUACUUAGUUGUUGCCUUAAGGAAUCCUAAGACUGGAAUAUUUAUUGUAAAAAAUAUUUAUUAUUAAAACAUAAACGUUUUUAUAGUUC